AUGGGGAGCUCCGACGAGGAUGAGCGCAAGAAGCGCAGUAUCAACGAGAUGUUCGGCGACGAAGACUCGGACGACUCUGGAGACGAGCAGAUCCCUCGCACCACCACCACGACCACAGCCGACGCCUCUGGUUUAUUCGGCUCGGACUCGGAGAGUGACGACGAGGAGAAACCCGUCAAACGUCCAGCCUCUCCGCCCACUAAACGCGUCAAAAAAGAGGAGAAGCGUCGCGAUGAUGGAGACGAGUAUGACUCUGGAGAGGAGGCUGUGGCAACCAAGGAUGACGACGAUUUCAUCGACGGGGACGACGAUCUCGCUGAUGUACUGGGAGAAUACGCUCAAGACCGUCAACAGUUCGACGACGAGCGUCCACUGGACGAGCAGGAGCCGACACAGGAGCAGAAGGACGAUUUCUUCGACAGGACUCUCAAGUCUCUCAAGACUGGACGCUCUCGCUCCAAACUCAAUCUGUCGCCACAGGAGAUGGAGCAGAUCACACAAGAAGUGCUCUAUCGUAUGGACAAGGCUUAUGCUGAUGACCUGGCGAGUAUUGCGGAACGUCGACCGGCGCUCGAGAAGAUCAAGUUUGUGGACAACGCGCUGCAUAUUCUACGCAAGAUCCAGUUCCAACCUAUGCUGUUGGAUUUCGAUCUGCUCACGAUUGUGAAGAAGUGGAUCCAGCCUCUGGACGACGGGACGCUGCCGAAUGUUGGACUGCGCACCAAGAUGCUGGAGAUGGUCAGCAAAAUGCCAGUGUUUAAGGAACAUCUGAAGCGCAGUGGCCUCGGAAAAGUGGUCAUGAUGUUGAUGAAACACCCCCAGGAGACGCUUGAGAACAAGGAGCUUUGCCGUAGUUUGGUGGAGCGUUGGAGUCGCGCUGUGUUCAACAAGACGCUGGACUUCUCCAAACUGGCGGAACUGGAAGCUGAGAAGGCCGAAAACGAGAUUUAUCGCCGUCGUGAGCGCGCACGCAGACAGAAGAAGUCGAAGAACAAAGCGCGUGCUGCCGAACGUGAUGGUAACGUGUUCAACGGCCGCACUGCUGAUCCUGACGUGAAGCCAGACGUAUCAGAACGUGCAGAGCUACCAGAGCAGUUGCAUAUCGAUUUCUUGCUCCGUCCGCAGUCCAAGAUCGACAUGAACGCCGUGCAAGCCAAGAAAGUAGAUCCGGAUUCCCGCAAGGCGCGAUUGGCCAAGCGGAUGCAGGAGAUCGCGAGGCCUGGCAAAAAGAGCAAGCGCGCUACUGGCGUCAGCAUCGAAGGCAGAUAA